GGCGGGGUGGUAGCCAUGGGCCUCACCUGGAGGCGCCCGGGCUGGGUGCGGCUGGCGCUGUGCGUCGCGGGUUUCGCGCUCUCCCUUUACGCGCUGCACGUGAAGGCGGCGCGCGCCCGCGACCGCGACUACCGCGCCUUCUGCGACGUGGGCGCUGCAAUCAGCUGUUCGCGCGUCUUCUCCUCUCGGUGGGGCCGGGGCUUUGGGCUGGUGGAGCAAGUGCUGGGAGCAGACAGCGUCCUCAACCAAUCAAACAGCGUAUUUGGCUGCAUUUUCUACACUCUACAACUGUUGUUAGGUUGCCUGCGGGAACGGUGGGCCUCUACCUUACUGGUGCUGAGUUCCCUCCUGUCCCUCAUUGGUUCUGUCUACUUGGCCUGGAUCCUGUUCUUUGUGCUCUAUGACCUCUGCAUCGUUUGCAUUACCACCUAUGCCAUCAAUGUGGGGCUGAUGUUGCUCAGCUUCCAGGAGGUGUCAGAACCCAAAGCCAAGAAGCAAUGAGCUCCUGCCCCAUGCCAGGCUGACCUCACCUGCUUUGCUUCAGCACAUGAAGCAAAAAUGCUUACCCAAAAAGUUGCUGUCUGGGUACCUAGGAAGCCCUGUAUCCUUUCCUCAAUCUCUUUCAGAACACUACAAGACAGUGAGCCAAAUGUGCCUCUAGUUCUGACUUCAGGGCUGCUUUUCCAUUGCCCAGGAAGGAGAGGUUCUGAGCAAUAAAAUUUCUUAAAGGAGUUUUCCAAGUCUAAACCACCUAUCUGCCAAGGACCCUGGGGGUUUGGGCUUCCCCUAGUGUUGUCUUCUCUGAAAGUGGGUGAGUCAGAAGGAGAGGGGCGGGCUUGUCUGGGAAGGGUUGCUGUGGUGUCAUCUCCAGCACGUUGAGUCAGCAAAGUCUAGCACAUCAUCAGCUUCCACCCCCGGGAAACAAGCUGGCAGCCUGCCCUGCUGCCCAUGGGGAGCCUGGCACAUACCUGGAGGACAAGCUUCUUUGAAAUUUCUUUCUGUAGUCCAGCCUUUGCCUACAUGUACAUUAAGAACUCAUGUUAUUAUACUUAAUUCUCAUAUUAGGUAUUGCCACUGUUCUUAUCUUGAUGAGAUUGAGAUGCUAAAAUUAUAUCUAGUGUUGGGAAGGAAUAAAGGAGAUGGAGAUCUUA